UAAUUUUCAAGAAGUGUAAAUGCGUUUUAAUAUCAACCCAUGGACGUCGUUUCCGGUUUUCACCUUGCCGGACAAUUCUAUUGAACGUGAGAGCCGUAGCAAAUAGGAUUCUCCUUUCCUAUGAGUACUUGUAGAUCUACAUCAUAGCUAGGAACUUGCACUUCCGGAAACCUCUCGGCCGAUCAUAGGGCAGCCAAGCGGCGCUUUAACCCAAUUGUUAGUGUAUUGUCCUUGAUAGGAUGCUGACGCGGUUGCCACGCCUAUUGCGGCUUGGCAGUGGCGCGAAGGCAGCUUCAGAUGAAUGUUGUCGGCGAGCGAUGCAGACGGAGGCAAAGGGCGCCCACAGCGUUCUGGACGAAGUCGCACAAGCCCGGCUUAAACGCAUUAAAAGCCAGCUAGAGGCCACUGGGGAACUCCCGGUGGAGACCCCCAGGAGUGCAGCCUGGCAGGCGGUUCGAUAUCUGUGGAAUGCUCUCCUGUUGGGCACCGCUGGCACCGGUGCGGCGGCCGCGUACUACACAUACGCCUACGACACGCAGGAGCUCACAGAUAUUGUGAAGCGUACUCGGGUGGAGAGCAAGGACCAGCCGUUGUCACAGGCGUGGUGCGAUGCCAUGGAGCGAUACCUGAACUUUCGCCGGAACGUGGAAGCGCGGGUUAAGGAGUACACGGACCCUGCCACCGACAAGCUUCUCCCCGAUCUUCAUCCGCAGCUUCGGGGAAACCUUAUCACGCUAGUCCUGGAUUUGGACGAGCUGCUCGUGUUUAAGGAAUGGACGCGCCAAAAGGGAUGGUCCAUUUACAAGCGACCUGGCGUCCAGGAAUUCCUGCUAGAGCUGGGGCAGUACUUUGAGAUUGUGAUCUACACGGACGAGCCCGCGACAUAUGCGGACCCAAUUCUUAACAAGCUGGACCCACAUCGCAUCGUACCAUUCCGGCUAUACCGUACGGACACACAGUAUCAGGACGGCAAGCACGUGCGCGACCUGUCGAAGCUGAACCGUGACCUCACGCACGUCCUCAUGAUUUCUGCGAAGCCGGAGGCCUGGGAGUUCCAGCCGGAAAAUGCUUUAAAGUUGCGGCCGUGGAAGGGCGAGCCUGGUGACACGGGCCUCAUCGACCUCUUACCAUUCCUGCAGUUCCUUGCGAUGCGGCGUGUUCGGGACGUACGCGACGUCGUACGCUCGUACGAUGGCGUGCAGGACAUCCCUGCCGCCUUUAAGGCACGCCUGCAGGAAGCUGCGUCACACCAAAAACAGGUCAAGCGGGGGUUCUUGAUGCCGCCGCGGUAG